UAGUUCGUUGACGGGUGUUCUCUUCUCUUCCAAAUCAAUGCCUCCAGCCAUUAUAACUGAACUUUUGCUUCUCACCAGUCCCCUUCCAUCUCUCUCUCUCUCUCUCUCUCUCUCUCUCUCUGUGUCUGUGAAUUAGCUGAAGCAUGGUACAAUCAAAGAAGUUCAGGGGUGUCAGGCAGCGUCACUGGGGAUCUUGGGUAUCUGAAAUUCGCCAUCCAUUACUAAAGAGAAGGAUAUGGCUAGGGACAUUCGACACCGCCGAAGAUGCAGCCAGAGCCUACGACCAAGCCGCCAUUUUGAUGAACGGCAGAAACGCCAAGACCAACUUCCCCGUAACCCACAAUUCGCAAGGAGAUCUAGAGACCGACAUCGAGAAGGCUUCCACGUCGUCGGCGGACUUAUCGGAAGCCCUGCGUGCGAAGCUUCGAAAAUGUGGCAAGGCUCCUUCGCCAUCUCUGAUGUGUCUGAGGCUCGACACCGAGAAUUCGCACAUCGGAGUCUGGCAGAAACGGGCCGGGGCGUGCUCGCAUUCGAGUUGGGUUAUGACGGUCGAGCUGGAGAAGAAGAUUCAUGCUCGAACCGAAGAGGUGAUGGACCGGCAAUCGUCGGAGUCGCCGGCAGAGGCAUUAACGGGGCCUAAUUUGAGGGCGGAUAUGGAUGAAGAGGAGAGAGUUGCGCUCCAAAUGAUAGAAGAGCUCCUGCAAAAUCCUAACAAGGCCGGUGAUGUAUCAAUAUAGUAGAUGAUGAUUAUGAUGGUGGUGAUGUAUAUAUAUAUAUAUAUACAUACAGACUUCUACCAAUCAUGAUUAUAUUAAUAUUCGGGUUAAUUUGUGUUCUUGUUCCAUAUGAUCUCCCACAGAGAGUUGGGAAAUUUAGUUGAAUCCAGUAAGUAUGUGUAAUUAAUAAGUGAUAAAGCGUUAUAUAUAUUGAUGUAAGAACACAUAUUACUGUAUGAAGUAAUUAUGGACUUCUAAUUAGGAAUUAAUUCGUAAGGUUGU